ACUUCCGGGGUACAGGUCGCUUCCGCUCUUGCGCGCUGCGGGAGGCUCGCCAGGAAAAAAAAAUGGCGUCGCCCUCUUCGUCCGGCUACCGCCCGGCCCCCCUGGCCUCGCUGCCCCGGGAGCUUGACCCGGCCGAGUACAACGAGUCCCCGGAGAAGCGCCGGGCCGAGGCGGAGCGUCUGGCGGUCCGCGCCCGCCUCAAGCGCCAGUUCCAGCUGAAGCUCAACGACCCGCACCACCAGGGGAUCAUCGAGGACCCUGCCAUGCUCCGUUGGACCUAUGGUAGAUCACACAACAUUUACCCCAAUUUCCGGCCCACUCCCAAGACUUCCCUGUUGGGUGCAUUGUUUGGGAUAGGACCCAUUUUCUUCUGGUGGUACGUCAUCCAAACUGGCAGGGAUCGUAAAGAGAAACUUAUUCAGGAAGGCAAGUACAAGCGACCAUUCUCUCUCAGCAGCUAAGUCCCUGGGAAUUGGAUGUUGCAGUGCUGCUGCUGUUGGGCUGUUCAUAGAAAGUGCUGUGUAUUGUACAUUGAUGAAAAGACUAAUCCUCUAUCAAAAUAAACUUUAUAUUACAGUCAUAGGA